CAGUAGACCCAAGCCUCUGAGGGUCAUCAAAUCGGUUCCUCACCCAACGGACUCCCAUAGCCUUCAUCAGAUCAUCAUUCCAUCAACGCUGUUUUAAGCACCAUGCCAGCCUACGACAACGCUGGCGCCACCAUCUCCCUCGAGGAUGUACGGGAUCCAGAAGCUGGAACCGCGGACUACGAGAUAGCACAAAGAAGACGUAUACAGUUUAAGACUCAGAAGUCCACCCUAACCUCUAGAAGACAGCAAGCAGUUUGCGUUAGAAGGGCGUACAAGCGAUACGGUUCCAAAAGCAGCCCCAAUGUCAUUCUCGACGGACUGAAUAUGACCGUGCCUAAGGGCGCUAUAUACGGUCUCCUAGGCGCCUCAGGAUGUGGCAAGACAACCCUCCUCUCUUGCAUCGUAGGCCGCCGCCGGCUGAACUCUGGAGAGAUCUGGGUGCUCGGAGGCCGGCCUGGGAGCCGCGGGAGCGGAGUCCCAGGACCUAGGGUCGGGUACAUGCCUCAGGAGGUGGCGCUGUUUGGAGAGUUUUCCAUCAGAGAGACCAUGAUAUACUUUGGCUGGAUAGCUGGUAUGACGACGAGCGAGGUGGAUGAGCGAGUCGACUUCCUGCUGACCCUACUACAGUUGCCGCAUCCCACCAAGCAAGUGAAGACCCUGUCAGGAGGUCAGAAACGAAGAGUAUCCUUGGCUGCGGCUCUCAUCCAUGAGCCGGAGCUGGUGAUCUUGGAUGAACCCACGGCUGGAGUCGACCCUGUACUGCGACAAAGCAUCUGGGAUCAUUUAGUGGAUAUUACCAAAGGAGGCAGGACCACAGUAAUCAUCACAACCCAUUACAUCGAUGAAACAAAACAAGCUAAUAUUAUUGGCUUGAUGCGAGGAGGCCGUUUCCUCGCCGAGGAAGCUCCCAACGAGCUGCUCCGUCGCUACCAGGCCGACAACCUUGAGGACGUGUUCCUGAAGCUGGCAGUUCUGCAGAACAGGGGCAAGAGGCGCCGCUCCAGCAUCCUGGAAGAUAUCGUGAAGAAGGUGGAGUUGCCGUCAUUGCCGGACCCUGCUGUAAUCGAUCUAGAAGAGGACAUCCAUGAGAUCUCCGGAGAAUUCGGAGAUAACGUCUCCAUGAGCAGCAAAGGCCGCGUAGUCGUCACCCCAGACGUCGCUCCCUUAGAGGCCUUACCUCCGGAAGAUAACCCGCCUAUCGGCUGUCUGGAGAGAAUCAAGCCGAUGAGAUGGAGGAACAUGAAAGCACUACUGUGGAAGAACUUCUUGACUCUCUUUAGGAAUUACGCCCUCCUCGCAUUUAUCGUGGUCCUCCCGCUCUCGCAAAUGGUCCUGUUCUGCAUCGCCGUCGGCCACGACCCUCAGGGUCUGCCCAUGUGCGUGGUCAACCACGAGCUUGGAGAAAACAAUACUAACACGCCCUGUGACUGGGACAGGAAGUGUCCGUUGGACCCGGAGACUUAUGAGUGGGACUUGAAACGGUUCAGCUGCCAGUAUUUGGAUUUCUUUGCGAAGCGACAGCCUAACCUGAUCUACUAUCCAACGAAGGAAGCGGUGAUGGACGCAGCGUACCACGGCAAGUGCCGCGUGGUGCUGGUCUUCCAAUCCAACUUCUCUGCCAGCCUGAUGGACCGUCUCCGAGACCCUCGCCAUGCCACCGAUAUCGACCUAUACAACUCCGAUAUCGAAGUACACCUUGAUGAUACAGACAAGCAAGUGCAGUGGAUGUUGGCGCGCGAUGUCCAGCUCUCGUUCGGCGAAGCCACCCAGAACCUCGCCAAGACCUGCAAGCUGCCGACUCGUCUACUCUCCAUACCUGUUUAUAUUAACGAACCACCCAUAUAUGGCGUCUCUUCACCAGAAAUGACUGACUUCGCCGGACCUGGAGUUAUUUUGACGAUUGUUUUCUUCCUGGCUGUUGCCCUGACAACGAGCUCCAUGUUGGCUGAACGGAACGAAGGCAUUUUGGAGAGGUCUCUGGUGUCCGGAAUUACAGGCACGGAGAUCCUAUUCUCGCACGUGUGCAUCCAGAUGUUCAUGAUGAUGACGCAGGCUGCCGUGGUGCUGUUCAUCGGCUUCCUGUUCUUCGACCUCACCAACAACGGGCCGCUCGGCUGGAUCAUACUGUUGACGGUGCUUAAUGGCUUCUGUGGGAUGACUUUCGGUUUCUUCGUGUCCUGUCUCUGCGAUACCGAGAGAACCGCCACGUUCAUCGCCCUCGGGUCAUUCCUGCCAAUGAUGUUGCUAUGCGGCAUCGUCUGGCCUAUUGAAGCUCUCCACGAGUGUCUCCAAUGGAUCGCCUACGUGCUCCCCCUCACCAAGUCCACCGAAUCCCUCCGCUCCAUGCUGCAGCGCGGCUGGACCAUAAACAUGCCCAUGGUGUAUAACGGCUUCCUAUCCACUGGCAUAUGGAUCGCCCUGUACUUGAUAGGCAGUAUUCUUUUGAUUAAGUUCAAGAAGGGUUAGUUACGGGUACCAGGUA